AUGACCAUCAUGAUGCCCCGCAUGACCGACGACGACCGCGAGUCCACCUUGCCUCUGAGCAUAUCAGGCUACGCCCGCGCGGCGUGGACGAACGUCCAAGAACGCCUCGCCCUGCAACGCGAGCUCGUCGAGGCGCAGCGCCUCGCCACCGACCCAGACUUAGCACCGGGUCUGCACGACACGGUGCUCGUCGUGAUCGAGUUUGCGCGCGCGCUGCUGGCGCAUAAUGCCCGAGAAGGGGAGCAGUUGGGCGCGGUGUGGGAGGUCGAGACAGAGUGUGGGGAGUGGUAG